AUGCACCCAUCUCUUCUCCUCGCGCUCCCUGCCUUGGCAGCAGGCAUGCCCUCCGCCUUAUCCCGCCGAGCAACGUCAGCAGAGCCGACGUCAACCUACUGCGGCGCGCCCAACGCCUACGAAGUCAUCUCAGGAACGCCCUGGAUCGUGUUCUCGAUGAACUACAACUACCAGGACAUCAGCGGCUCCUGCUGCACGGGCUACUACGACGUCUCGGGGUCCGGCGACGUCCAGACCAUCCACUGGAGCAGCAUCUGGGACAUCGACCCGGACGUCGACGCCAACGUCGUCAAGGGCUACUCGUUCGUGGGUUUGACGCAGAACCUCGAGACGCGGUUGAGCGAUAUCGCGAGCAUCCCGAGCACGUACAACUGGAGCGUGGACAACUCUACUGCGUAUAAAGGCAACGUAGUCUACGACUUCAUGACCUCGGACACGCAAGGCGACAGCACCUCCAGCGCAGCGCAGGAGCUGAUGCUCUGGCUGCACUACGAGGGCGGGCAGACGCCCCUGGGCUACAACGACGGCGUCGUCGCCACCAUCGACAACCUCUACGGCAAGGACGGCUGGCAGCUGUACCAGGGCCUCAACACCGGCACGGGCAUCAUGGUGUCGUCGCUGCUGGCGCCCGCCGCCGAUCAGUUUGAUGGUGUCUUCGAGGGCAACGUUAGGGACUGGCUGCUCGCGCUCGUCGACCAGGGCUUGUUUGCGGAGACUACUUAUGUCAAUGUGGGCAAUGCGGGCAUGGAGCCGUUUUGGGGCACCGUCACUUUUGAUAGUACGCUGGGGUUGCGGAUUGAUGUUUGA